AUGGCAAGAGUGAACACUGAAGAAUUCAAGUUAAAUAAGACCAAAAUUUUCUCCAAGGUUGGUGUUCUUGUUGAAAUUGAAGAGAUUAGAGAAAACAGAGUCACUGAACUUGUCGGUGGUCUUCAUGUGUGUGCAAAAGUAAUCUCACAAAGAAAGUUUAUUGAACAGAAACUCAAUGAACAUAUUGCCAUUAUUGUCAUUCAAGACACCAUUCACACUUGGUACCAAUUCAGAAAUUGGGAGAGGAGUCAACGAAGAACCGCAGCCAAGGACAAAGAAAUUGAAACUUUGAAGAAAAAGCUUGCUGAAGAAAUUGCAAAGAGAGAAGCCGCCGAGAAGGCACUUUUUGAGAUGAAAAUCAAGAACGUCGACUUGGAAGCUUUAGUCCAAAAGUUUAAAGAAGAUAUUGAGUCAAAGAAGGUUUCUCUCGACAAGGCUGAUAUGAAGUCACGAGAAGAACAAGAACACAUUGAGGAACUCCAAGGUGAUAUUAAGAGAGGAAAGGAAGACUUGGGCAAACUUCAAAACGAAAAUAUUGAACACAAAACCACUAUUGCUAAGAAGGAUAGUGUCAUCAUAGAGUUGAACAAAGAUAUUGAAGAUAAGGAAGGUGAAAUUUCUGACUCGAAAAAGAAACUAGUGGUUGAAGAAGACAAUUCAAAGGAUCUUGAGACACAAUUGCACGAGAAGGAAGACGAUAUUGGUGACUUGGAGAAACAAGUAAAGAAUUUGCAAAACACCAUUUCGGAUACGAUCUUGCCAAUACUAAAAAAUGAUUUGAAAAAGACUCAAUUGGCUCUUGACGAUACUGAGAAGAAACUCGACAAACAAGUUGCUCAGAACAAGAAGGUCUCAGACGAAAAAGAUGGGUAUAACCAACAAUUGCAAGCUGAGAAGACUAAGGCUGCUGCUUUGACUUCAGCAAAUGGUGUAAAUGAUAAGAUGAUUUCUGCUUUAAACUCGGAGAAAGACGAAUUAGAAGAUAAGAACAGAAAACUUGAUUCUUUUAAUAAAGAUGCUCAGAGAAAACUUGCUGAGUUGGUUAAGAGAAUUGAAGAUGGUCUGAAUGACUCUGAUAUGUUGAAAGCACAGAAGGCCGACUACGAAGCCCAAAUCCAAGCGUUGAAAGACGAUAUGGAGAAGACUGGAAAAGACUUGGCUGGUGCCAAAUCGAUAAUGAACCAAAAAGACGUUGAACUUAAUAACUUGAGUGAACUGCUUGCUGAAUAA